AUGGGGCAUAAAGUGGUCGUAUUCGACAUUUCCGUCAUCAGAGGCUUGUGGGAAACCCGUGUCAAGAAGCACAAAGCUUGGCAGAAGAAGGAGGCGGAAAGGCUCGAGAAAAGUGCCUUGGAAAAGAUAAAGCAGGAGUGGGACUUCGUGGCGGAGUGCAGAAAGAAAGGCGUCCCCCAGGCCGUGUACUGUAAGAAUGGCUUCGUAGACACGAGCGCGAGGCUUCUGGAAAAGAUCGAAAGGAAUUCUCUCCUAAAGCAGAGUCCACUUUCCAAGGAGAGAGACAAACGGAGCAGCGCGUUUGUGUUUGAACUUUCGGGGGAGCACUGGCAGACUGGAAAAUAUUUUGUUGUUCCUUUCUAGUUAAGUAAUUUGAAGCAAGUCACAUUCGUAGAUAUCUCAGCGAACAAGUUUUCCAGUGUCCCGAUCUGUGUCCUCAGGAUGUCUAAUUUGCAGUGGUUGGAUAUCAGCAACAAUAACCUGAAUGACCUGCCACAAGAUAUAGACAGGCUGGAGGAACUGCAGACCUUUCUCUUGUACAAGAACAAGCUGACCUAUCUUCCUUACGAGUUGCUUAACCUGAAGAAGCUCAGCUUGUUGGUGGUCAGUGGGGACCGUUUGGUGGAGCUCCCGACUGCCCUUUGUGACUCAUCCACACCUUUAAAAUUUGUAAGCCUUAUGGACAAUCCUAUCGAGAAUACCAAGUGCCAAGAUGGUGAUAAAAUGAUGGAAAGUGAACAAGAUCGGCAACACUUUGAUAAAGAAUUUAUGAAAGCCUAUAUUGAAGAUCUUAAAGAAAGAGAAUCUGUUCCCAGCUAUACCACCAAAGUGUCUUUUAGCCUUCAGCUUUGA